CACAAUAACAUUUAUAUAAGUCAGACAGCACACUUCUCCCUCUAACUGACAUUCACUUGAUUACAGACGCAGAAACACAGAGUCAUGGCUGACAACAACCCAGGCUGGCUUUCAGUGAAGAAGAGGGAGAAGAAAGGAGAGAGCAAACCACCGGAGAAGGAGGAGAAGCAGGAGGAGGAGCAGGAGAAGGAGCAGGAGAAGGAGCAGGAGAAGGAGAAAGUGUUGAAGACAGGAUACCAAGUUGUGAAGACAGGAUACCAACACCAACCAGGGGAGGUGAGGAAGAAGGAGGGAGGCGGAGAGAAGACAGGUGGAACAGAGGAGAUAACAGAGGUAGCAGAAGGAGGAGAGGCAAAUGGAGAGUUUGAAACCAUCGAGCUGCCACCAUGGGAGAUCAUCACUGGGGAGCAGAUGAGUCCGUUCUACUUUAAGUUCCAAUUCCGGAACGUUGAGUAUUCAUCUGGUCGUAAUAAGACGUUGCUAUGUUACCGCGUGGAGACUCCGGAGGGCGCCACUGGUCCACUACAGGGAUACAUGGAGGACGAACACGCCACCGCACACGUAGAGGUGGCCUUCUUCACACGGGUCCUCCCCCACUAUGACUCCUCCCAGGAAUACGAGGUCAGGUGGUACGUAUCUUCCAGUCCCUGUGCAGCCUGCUACACCAAGAUGGCCGAUGUCCUCAGACAGAGAAAGAAGCUCCGCCUCUACCUCCUCAUGUCCCGCCUCUUCCUGUGGGAGGAGCCUGAGAUAGAGGUAGGGCUGCGGUGCCUGGCAUCACUGGGUGUGAGGAUGAGGAUGAUGAAGCCGUCUGACUUCUUGUCUGUCUGGGAAACGUUUGUAGAGAAGGAGGAGGACAUGACCUUUAACCCCUGGGAGGACUGCCAGGACAACUACCAAUACUACCAGUCCAGACUCAACACCUUCCUCAAGUAAAGGUGCAGUCAAAACCAUCCCUCCUUCUCUUCCUGUUUCCAUCAUGAGGCUUAUAGCAAGUCAAGCUGGAGUAGCCAUUAAAAAAACCACUGGGUUUGGUU